UCCUCCCUCGGAACAAAGCUAAUGGGUGGAGCUUUAGGGAACCGGCGACCGAACGAAAGAAGUGUGUACGAAGGAAGUGCAGAUGCUGAUUCAAAGGUUUAAACUGAAGAUGGACACAAAAAGCUGCAGUAACUCAGCGGGACAGGCAGCAUCUCUGGGAAGAAAUAAUGGGUGACGUUUCGAGUCGAGACCCUUCGCCAGACUGACUGAACGAAAGAAGUUGUCGUUGUCUUGUUAACAGCGAACAUUACACACAAAUAUGUGCAGUUCGGGCUAUCGCUCCAAAGACCAGGUUUCCAUCCUUACCACGAUGCUGUUGAUGCUGGAGUUUCCACGUUCUCCCUGUGUUAAUGCGUGGACUUCCGUCGUGUACGUUACACACAGUGAUUUAACCCACAGGAUAGCUUAGUGACAAAUGAACUUGAAUUUAUGGGGGUAAAAAAACUGGAUGACAGCGGAUCAGGCAGUAUCUCUGGUGAAAAGGAAUAGGUGACGUUUCGGGUCGAGGCAGAAAACCAGCAAGGACUAAAUGGCAACUAUCACACUCACACAGUCCAACUACAACGUCAAGGCGACUGGGGCUCCCGACGCUAAAGACUUCGGCGGGCGAUGAUAGUUCCUUACAGGGACCAUAUCCUUUGGUGUUCGACAGUGAGCUUGCUAAACGGUGGCACAUCUUCGAGGUGGAAUUCGGGAUUUUCAUUGAUGCUGCCCACCCUGCAGCUGCACCCCACAUCAAUAAUCCUCAAUGUGGCGGGCACAGAGGCUGCCCUGCGGGCACAGGAUUUCUACUACACCCCAGAACAUACCGAUCCGGUAACACAUGUUGUGACCCCAGCAGAGUCCAUCAGCGACCCGGUCUGCCUCCUCAGAAAGUUCAGAGACCUGUGCCAACUUCGCACCAAUGUUAUCAUGGAACACCACAAGUUUUUUUCCCUUAGCCAACAAGAGGGCGAAACGGUUAAAUCCUACAUUGGUGCCCUCAAGAACAUUGCAUCCAGAUGCCACUUCCAAGACCGCGAGGUGAGAAAUCAAUUAUUCUGGGAUGAAGAGCUUACACAUGAUAAGGUUGAACGUGCCUGCCGGGUUGCAGAAUACACCGAUACCCAUACCAAAGCCUUGGGACUGGGGCCACACUCUGCCUACAACGUCCAUGCCUUCUAUUUGUCCCCACGACAAACAUUAACCCCUCAACAAUCACCUAAACCCCCAGGGAGGGUAACUGAUCAUCUAGUCAAUAACCGUGGUAAUUGCGGUGGCUCACACCCACAAUUUCGUGAUUCGGAGGCUGCAGCUGCGGGUCUGGCGGACGGCGGCACCAGGAGCCCGCGGAUCACUGGAGGGAGACCGCUUUUCAGGGCUCCCGCAACGGCGAUUUCUCCCGCCCGAGUUGCGGGGUCGAAGAGCUCCUGGUGCGGGGUCUGACAUCACCGCCCCGCGCGGCUUGGAAUGGCUGCGGGACUUUGCGAGCACACGCCGGGGGCUCCAACAUCAAGAACCCGGUGUGCGACCUUGCACCACCCGGCAUGGCUUUAAUGGCCGCGGGACAAUCGCCAGCCGGGGGCUUUGACUUUGACUCUGACAUCGGGGGGGGGGGGGAGAGUGCAGUGGAGAGAUAAGUUUUUUUGGCCUUCCAUCACAGCGAUGUGAUGGAUGUUUAUGUAAAUUAUGUUGUGUCUUGGGUCUAUUUGUUUGUAAUGUAUGGCUGCAGAAACGGCAUUUCGUUUGGACCUCAAGGGGUCCAAAUGACAAAUAAAUUGAAUGUUGAAUCUUGAAUCUUGUAUCCCUGAUGUUCUGUUCUGUACAAGAAGAUGGAGUGGUAAAGAUGGUAUAUGGCAGAUUCACCGGCAAUGGUCAGGGCACCAAAUAUUAAAAUUGAGAAGUCAUGAUGUAAUGAUAUAACUUUGGUUAGUUCCAAUCUGGAGAAUUGCAGUUCUAGUUGCUAUGCAAAAAGGAAAGAUGUGUAGUCUUUGAAGAGGGUGCAAAAGAUGUUCAUCAAGAUACUGCCUGGAUUAGAGAGUAUUUGCUAUGAGCUUGAACAAGGUUGGAUUGGUUUCCCAGGAGCUUUGGAGGCUGAGGGACUUCCUGAUAGACAUAUACAAUUCUGAGAGCAAUAGAUAGGCUAGAUAAUGUCUUUUUUCCAAAUAUUAAAUGCUAGAGAGCAUUUUAAAGUAAGAGGGAUAUAUUUAAAGUAGAUUUAAAGCAUUUUUACAGAGUUUUGAAAGUACGUGGAACUCACUGACAGGAGAUGUUGUGGAAGCAACUACAAUAGCAACAUUUAAGAUGCAUUUAGACAGAAAUGAGCAGGCAGGGCAUUGAGAAAUAAACAGUGCCCCCCCCAUAAUGUUUGGGACAAAGACCCAUCAUUUAAUUAUUUGCCUCUGUACUCCUCAAUUUGCAAUUUGAAAUAGAAAAAAAAAAAAUCACAUGUGGUUAAAGUGCACAUUGUCAGAUUUUAAUAAAGGCAAUUUUAAUAUAUUUUGGUUUCACCAUGUAGAUA